GAGAGCGGCAGGCAGGCAGGCAGGCAGCAAGUGCUUUUGCGUUCAGCGAUAGGUUCUCAUUUUUCCUCCCCCUACCUCUGAAUAUAAUUUUAGAUUUAGAGUGAAAUAAAGAGAAAAGCACUUUGGAAGCCUGGAAAGCUCUGCAGUAGCGACAGCAAAAGAGGGGGGUUAUGAGCUAUCACCUGCAAUUACAUUAAAACAAUUUUUUUGACUGUGCUCGUUGGGAAGGCGCUGGAGAACCGGCCCUCGAUUUUGCCUCUUUUACCCUUUUAAAAUUAGUAUUAUUUAUUUCUGAACUGGCAUUUGAGUUGGAGGGGGGAGAUUGCUUUUGCACUAGCAAAGCUCUUCAGUGCUGCUGCUGCUGCAUGUAAUUCUAGCUCGGUGCAAUCUAGGUUAAAAGUCGUGCAACUGUAGCUAGCUGGGGGGAGAAAAACAGGGAGGACGAUCCGGGUGCAUUUUUCGCUCGGCAGCGCUUUGCAAACACUCUCCGGUCCUCCGUCCCUUUCCCCUCCCUGGAGCGAAGGAGCAGAGGCGGCGGCUGGAGGGAGAGAGGACGCCAGAGACGGAGCGGCGGACGCAGCUGCUGCCCGCGCCCCCCGGGACAAUGGUGCUGGACAAGGAGGACGGUUAAAAGCUGGACAACUGGGUAAUUAGAGCUCACUGGCUGCUAAAGGACGAUCAGCUGUGCUGUGGCUCAUCUGUGAUCCCAGAGACUAGUUCUCUUCUUCCCUGAGUGAAGGCUGCUGGAGACACAGCAUCUGCACCCGGACUCCUCUUGAUCCCUGAGAUGAUGGUGCUGGACAAGGAGGACGGGGUGCCCAUGUUAUCUGUACAACCAAAAGGGAAGCAGAAAGGCUGUGCUGGCUGCAACCGAAAGAUCAAGGACCGCUACCUUCUGAAGGCCUUGGAUAAAUAUUGGCAUGAAGAUUGUCUAAAAUGUGCCUGCUGUGACUGCCGUCUUGGAGAGGUUGGAUCAACUCUUUACACAAAAGCAAAUCUCAUUCUCUGCCGCAGAGAUUACCUGAGGCUCUUUGGUACCACCGGGAAUUGCGCUGCCUGCAGUAAACUGAUCCCUGCCUUUGAGAUGGUGAUGAGGGCCAGAGAUAAUGUUUACCAUUUGGACUGCUUUGCCUGCCAACUCUGCAACCAGAGAUUUUGUGUGGGAGACAAAUUUUUCCUGAAGAACAACAUGAUCUUAUGUCAGAUGGACUAUGAGGAAGGGCAGCUGAAUGGAAGUUUUGAGUCCCAAGUUCAAUAACGAUCCCUGCUUUGCUGAAGCACUGUGGGAUGGACGUUCAGCCACACAAGCAGUGAGGGGCGUCUGUCAGCUUGCCUGCAAUAUUUUUUUAAUUCUUGGUCCAGAAAGGACUAUAUACAUUGUAGUACUUUUUUCCUGCCCCAACACAAAGCAGUUACAAAUUUAGAUGUACAGUUGUGCCUGCUUAGCUGAGCACUGCAUUGCCUGUAUGUUUGUGAGUUUUUUGGGGUCUGGGGGAGGGCUCUGUACAGUCUGAUUUCUGUAUAUAAACUGGAACAUUUAUUUUAUGAAAAAUGUAAUGCAAUUUUAUUACUGGUGUGAAUUAAAAAUUAUGAAUGUUUCCUGGUCA